CGUGACUCAGUUUUUGGCUCUGCACACGGCCGUGUAUGCAGUCCAAAGUAUCAACAAAUCAUGUCGAUCACUUUAUGGAAAGUAGUUUUUAUCCACAUCAUUUCCAUCACCGGCCUUUUCGGCUGCUCUCCCGAGGAAUAUCUAAAUAUACCUUCAAUUGCGAAAUAUUUCAGCACGAAAGGGAGGUAUGAAGAGGUGAACCCGUAUCUCAUAGGCGACAUACUUGCUGUCAACAGAUCUAUUUUACAGCCUCCGUCCGCGCAAUGUCGGCCAAUUCACCUGACCGCCGUAGUCAGGCACGGGACGAGAUACCCGACGACCAAAAACGUGAAGAAGAUGGGGAGAAUGUACGAUGUGGUCCGGAACGCCCCUGCCCAGCAGGGCUUGCUGCAGGAGCUGCAGAGCUGGACUCAGUGGUACACCGAGGACAUGGAUGGAAGGCUGGUCCAGAAAGGUGUAGACGACCUCAGACAUCUGGCCAUGCGGAUGUCCAAGCUGUUCCCCUCUUUGGUUUCACGGGAGAAGCUUCGAGGGGGACUCUUCAAGUUCAUAACCAGCUCCAAGCACAGAUGCGUCAACAGCACGCUGUCCUUCCAGGCGGGGCUGACGCAGCUGUGGGCCAUUGAAGACAUGGAGUUUGAGCAUGCAGUGAAUGAUGCCCUCAUGAGGUUCUUUGACCAGUGCACCAAGUUCGUGGAGGAGGUUGAUAAAAACCCUUCAGCCAUGACAGAGCUGGACAAGUUCAAGCAGGGGGCAGAGAUGACAAGGGUCCAGCAGAAGAUCGCUGACCGCCUCGGAGUGGCAUACUCUCUUAUCACACACGACAUGGCAGAAGCCGCGUUCUACUUUUGCGCUUAUGAGUUUGCGAUCAAGACGAAGAACUCGCCUUGGUGUCGCCUCUUUGAUGAGUUGGAUGCACAGGUUAUGGAGUAUGCACUUGAUCUGAAGCAAUUUUGGAAACGUGGUUAUGGACAUGAUAUCAACAGCAAGUCGAGCUGUAUUCUGUUCCAUGACGUGUUCAGUCGCCUGGACAAAGCAGCCAACGAAAAUAAGUCAGGCCAGCAGGUGAGUGAGGCCGUGACGGUCCAGGUGGGCCACGCAGAGACCCUCCUGCCACUUCUCACCCUCCUGGGCUUCUUCAAGGACAACGAGACCCUGACGUCAACAAACUACGCCUCACAGACCCAACGCUCUUUCCGCUCGAGUCGUAUGCUGCCUUAUGCAGCUAACUUCAUCCUGGUGCUGUACGACUGUGGGGGAGGCGACCUCAGACUGCAGCCACUGCUCAACGAGAAGCCGAUGGCGUUCCCAGGUUUGACGGAGCAGGAGUCGUCCAUGCCGCUCUAUCAGAGCGUCAGAGAUCACUACAGCCAUCUGCUCCAGGGCUGUGACUUUGAGACCGAAUGCCAGCUGUUCAGGAAUACUGUUGAUGUCUAGGCAAGGCAGAUUCUGAAAGAUUGAAAUGGAAGGCUUUAUGUUGGCUUUAUUAUCUUUUAUUUGCAAAAUUGAGUGAACAUUAGGCACUUUAUUUAUACUGCACAUUUCCAAUACAAUGCAGAGUACUUUACAAAGGCAAACAAAACACAUCAGGAUAUUAGAAACAAUAAAUAGUAAAAUCAGCAAGAGAAUUAAUCUCAAAACUAGACCAAAGUCGAUCACAUUUUUUAAAAAGAUACUAAAAACACAAACUCUGAUUCAAAUAGAUAACGAACAACAUAGUUACAGUGCAUUAAUAUGUGUGGCAGAAAAAUAAUAGAACAAAGACCAAAGAAAGAUUACAGUUUUUCAGUUUAGCUUUAAAAGUGGCUGAAGUUGAAACCCUUUUAAUAUCAAAAGGAUGUUUCAUAUUUGUGUGCAGCAUUGCCGCUAAGUGCAUUUCCGCUCUCUCUGGUUCUUACUCAGGGCGAUUCCAGCCGACCCCUCUCCCCAGCACCUCAGUGUUGUGCUUAGUUCAUAUUCUACAAAGAGAUCACAAAUGUUUGGCAGAAUUAUUGGUUGAUUUGUAAACUAGCAGCAACAACAUGAAGUCUAUUUUCUAGGUAGUUUUUAGCCAUUGUAAAAAACAUUGAGAAUGUAGUUUUCUGUCUGUUCUUGUCAGAACUCUGGACGCAGCAUUCCGAAUAAGCUGAAACUGUAUAAAAGUCUGUUUUGUAAGACCACAAAGGUUGCAGUAGGUCCAGUCUGCUGGAGAGGAAGGCACAAAUGAGCUUCUCCGAGUCUUUUCUGCACAGAAUCCUAGGAAUCCAAGGUGAUAAAAAGGGUGAAUUGGUUACCGUUUGGGUGUGGCUGUCUGAAACUUGCUUUUUUUUGUUGCCAAAUAACAAUAUUGGGAUUUCUAAAAGGAACAUCCUGGUUGGAAUUCUUUUACCAUGUAAAUCUUUUUGCAAAGUGUUUCUACUUCAAUGCAAAACCUGAAGCAUUAAUUAAAGAGUUUAUUUUGGCAUUGUU